CAACUACGACUCAACUGUGUCUCUAAACUAGCUACAGAUCACUAUAGUUGUUGUCAAUUUAUAACAGCUGUAUGACUUUUAAUGGACAGUGACAGACGAGGAAGAAGAGGAAGAGGGAAGAGUCGUGAUGGAGAGGACAGAGAUGUCCGGCUGUCCAAGUCCAUGUCUUAUGUUCUUCGUCAUGGAGCCAGUCAGCUGGGUCUUCAAAUGAACACAGAUGGCUUCCUGUUUGUAGAGGACCUACUGGCUCACCCACAGUUCCGCUCAUACUCCUUGGAGGAUGUCAGGAGGGUUGUGGACGCAAAUGACAAGCAGCGCUUUAAGCUUCGUCCGCACCCUGAGGACGGCCGCCUGCAGAUUCGAGCUAAUCAGGGCCAUUCAGUACAGGUCACAGAUCUGGAGCUGAAGCCGGUCCUGCUUGGUUCUCCAGACUGUCCUGCUGAGGCAGUUCAUGGUUCUUAUCUUCGCAACUGGAGUUCCAUUCAGCAGGAGGGCUUGAGUCGCAUGAACAGAACACACAUCCAUCUGGCUCCAGGCCUGCCAGAAGAGGAUGGCGUCAUCAGUGGAAUGAGGAAAAACUGUGACCUAGCUGUAUUUAUUGAUGUCCCCAGAGCUCUUUCUGAUGGUAUUCAGUUUUUCUGGUCAGAGAAUCAUGUGUUGUUGACUGCCGGCAAUGCAGAAGGAAAACUUGCUCCUAAAUACUUCAGCCGAGCACUAAAACUCAAACCCACAAGAAGCCUACUGCCUCUUCAAUAACACAUACUUCUAUUACUGGUUGCAGAGAGACACAACUGACCAUGCCAAUAUGUUACAACUGCAUUAUUGUUUAUUCUAGUUUACUUUAUGAAUGGAAUUUUGAAGGAAGAGCUGAGCUAGACAUUAAGCAUUAAUAGGAGUAGGACUGUGCAAUAUGAAAUAAAAAAUAUUUGAC